AGCCCAGGAAGUAGAGACUUUUUCGAUGUAGAAUCUAGAAUCGUAAGAGUAGAGUAGCAGAUACCAACUAGUACCGAUUAGUCGAUUUACUCUACCAUUAUUAGAGACACGUCGCCCCACCGCGGCGCGUGGUUUCUCCCCCAAACAACUCGACGCGACGCAUACUCAAUAUAUCGAUUGCUAUAGAGCCAUCAUCUAAACAGCAAAUUGCCUACCUACCAUAUCCCUUUCACAGUUCUUUACCAGGAAAAGACUGCGCAGCACGAGAUCGAACAUUCACGAUACUUGUCGGGCAUCGUUAAUCGCCUUCCACGAGCAACUACUUCUAGCCCGGCACACUCGAAAGUCUUACCGGCAAUGCCACGGCCUCCAGCGAAGAGGAACCGAUUGCCACCCUCUGUCGCACCGACGAAAGGCAGAGUAACUACAAGGAAGAAUGCGUCACAGAAAAAUACUAUCGAGGAUGGUGAUGUGACAAGCAUUCGCAACCAACGGGGCGCGACACGGCACGAGAGGCCCACGAGUGGUGGUCACAAAGAAGAAAGGGAAAUCAGCAAUGGACGGAAAGGCGACACAAGUGGAAGUCUUGAGGAAACGGCAGCGCCAUCAGAAGAUGUUUCAGAGACGCAUACAUCGCGACCGCCGGUACAGCAGACGCCUAUCGCUAAGUCUCAUGGACGAACUCUGGGAUCAUCGCCCGCAACAGAACGUCCACAGACAGGAAACAGACCCGCAUCAAGACCGCGCGGAUAUUCUUCCACUCUGUCACUUGCGGGGAGGAAGGGAGAUAUCGGUUCCAAAGUUCCUGGCACACCUGCCUUCGAAAGCUCAAUGUUGAGUAAUUUCAGGAGGAGACCACGGCAACCCAGCAUCCUGCAAAUGAUGCAGGCUGAUGGGUCUUCGGAUCUUGACGAUGAUGACUUCCUCGGCGAUUUGAGUCCCCAAGAUGAAUCGACGCCGUUGGCACUCGCGAAAAGAGAGCUACCGCUCCCUCAGCCAUCUCCCUCGCCCUCGGCGCUUUCUUUGAACCUUUCGUCAGGGAAAAGGAAACGCUCACUAAUAGAAGAUGAAGAGCCUGAAUUACCUAGCGCUCGCUCCUCCGUGGCUCCUUCGAUUGUGUCUAGCGACUCUGAAAACGAACGCGACGCAUCGGACAGGCCGCUUCCUGCUUUCUCUGCACAGUUGGAGAGAUUCAGCCAGACCAUGGCACCGCCGAUGAGCAGCAGUCCCGCACAGACUCAGCAAGAGACAGAUACGGCGUCCAGUGUUCACCCUCGGUUGUCCAAAGAGCGAGUCCGGAAAGGAGACGAUGCAGGCAGCGGUCAACGGCAGAUGUCAACAGCGGCUCUCCAAGAGAACUUUCUUCCUCGUCGACGUCGGCCGCGCAGACGUGUCAAGAAAGGUGCAGACAUCGACAUAUUGAGCGAUAACAGCGAAGAAGAAUCUGACCCCGACGAUGACGAGUUGAAUCGUUUGCCUUCAAAAAAGACGGCAAAGUCGCGACGAAAGCUAUUGGCUGAAUCAGAGAAUGCAACAAACUCAGGAACGAAACAGAAGACUACAAAUCAGCGUGGUCGGAAACGGCAGACUGCCACCAAUGCCAGUCGAACUAAAUCGUCAACCAGGGCAUCAUCGACCUCCAAGACGCAGCAACGUGAUAGUCUCACAUACUCACGUCGGCGCCGGGAUGUGGAAAAAGAAAACGACGACGCGGAUGUUUCCACCACAUCUUCACGUCGCGGGUCUGUAUCCGACCUCGACCAAGGCACUCCGAAGCCCGCAGGAUCGAGUCGCAAUCGAGAACUGGAAGAACAGGCGAAGAAAUUUGCUGAGAUAGAUAAGUGGGAGAUGGAUUUUGAGGACGUAAUUGAGUCUAGCAGUCAACAAACGUGAUCUGCAUUUAUGAUCGUUCUUAUUUGGGUCCGUGAUGGCGUUAAAAGGGAGGUUUGUUUCCCAUCUUAUGUUUGCGAGCUGCUUUUCAGUUGGAUUCGUGCAGCGCAUAAUCUCUGAGCGUUGUCUGUACCGGUUAGCUUAUUCCAGUAUACCAUAUGUGAUGUGUUGACGACAUGAGAAACUCCUUUGUAGUACAAGUUAGGUAUUUGAGCAGAUCUUGUCUUAGUGUAUGAAGAGAAGAUGUGCCAGGAGCUAUGGUACUUCCUGAGUGUUCCUGUUAAGAUCACUACUGUUCUCAGAUUUUCGCAUUGCUCGGCUUGAAGUGGAGAUUGAACAGACUAAGUAACCAACAUCUUGAGUGAUGCAGAUCUUCAGGAUUCUGAUGAUUGUGUAGCCAUGUCCUUUUUGUUGAGA